AUGCAGCAGACCAUGACAGUGGCUCCUGGAGCUAUGAUUUACUGCGCACCUGAGGCAUUUACAUCAAACCAAACGGUCAAAGUGAGUUUUCUUGAAUUUAGGGCUUUUCUGAUUCAACACUGUUUCAUCAACACGUUUCGUUCUUCACCUUGGUGUUAAAAUUGGAAGCAGCAAAUUGAUGCUGAUCUGUUUAGCUUUGUGUGAGCCAGACUAACUUUCCGUGCUCAUUCCCUUGCUGCUUACUUCCCGUCCAAACAGUGGUAACGGUGAUAGUUUUUACCUUCACCGUUUGACCUCAAACAUUUAUGGGUAAUCUCGACUAUUGAUCGUUUUCCAGGAGUUUAGACUGUACGCAACGAAAACAAGCUGUAGACGUGUGGUUUUCUCAUUAAUUGUUCAGUUUUAAAAUCGUACUGGAGACUUCUCAUCUAAAUCUGAUAGAGUCAAACCUUUCCAAAACGACCGCCUUUAGGAGAGAGUAAUGUCACUGCGUGGGAAAGUGGCCGUUAAGGGGUGGUAGGGUGUAUAGUGACACCAUGGAGGGGGGGUAAGGAAGUUUACAAUAUCUGUGUAAAGCAUAUCCUACGGCCUACAGCUUAAUAAGAUCACAAUCAGACUAUAAUACUUACAUUCAAGCCAGUUCAAGCGUAACCGCCGCCCCCCCCCAUCCCCCAUGAUUCGAUUAAUGAACUUAUUAUUCGAAAAUUGAAUCCGUUGGUUUUUGUAGAUUACAGAUUCAUCUCUGCAUUCCUGCAUGCUUAAUGAGCAGUUAAUUUACACGCGAAGGUACAUGCAGUUACUAAUUACUAGCGGCUCAGUUUUCUUGAAUUGGUGUAAAUGUCUUAAAAACAAUUUUUUCCAUUUAAAGAUUUUUCAAUGUGACCGAAUACAGAGAGGUUAUCGUUAAAAAUUCAGGUUUAAUUGCGCUUACAGGAAUGCAGAUUUGAAAUUGAUACUGGUUGUGUAGUUACAAAAAGAGGGAAUGAUCUAAAAUGACCUAAAAAUGUGCUACAACGGUAUCUAAAAUAAGUAUUAAAAGAUGUCUCAAAUAACCUUAAAUUAUUAAACUAAUACAGGCAAUAGGAAUGUAAUUUCGCUGACCCGCGCAUGUGGUUUCGAAAGAGUUCUGUUAAAAUGUGUUUGUAACAUGUUUCCUGAAGAAUGCAACAAAGUUACGUUGACACACAACACAACUGGAUUCGCAUGACACGUAAGCCUCCUAGUCACGCGGCGGGGAGAUGAUGGCGCGUUAAAAUGCCAGUUUGCCUAACAAAUCAGUGCCAUUAGAUCUCACUGCGCACUUGUUCUACAUCAAUCAAAACUCCAAACGAUCAGGUCCAAUUUUAGCAGCUUACAUAUUCAUGCCGAAAUUUUAUUUAGAGUCUGAUCUCAGGAGUAAUACAGUCGACAGGUAAACUCAAGAUUUUUGCGCCAUCAACUCUACUCCAAUCAAAACUGCGUUGCUGGGCGAACUUUUUUCUUCGUGGCAUCAUCUCCGCACCGCGUGACAAGAAGACUUACAUACGCGACACACUAAUCCUGCUCUUUGUCAACGUAAAGUUUAUAUUGAGUUGUUUAUUAGGAAACCUUCAAAGCUAUAACUAAGAAGUAGGUGAGACCGAGAACUGUCCACAACUGAUGAGCCUGAGCUUUCAGGAAGUUUCAAUUGUUUCGAAACCACUUGCGAGGCCAGUAAAAAAAAUAAUUUAAAAUUAAAUUUAAAAUGUGUGUGUCUUUCGUAGGUUGAUGUUUAUAGCUUUGGUGUUCUUCUUUGUGAAAUGUGCGUCCGAGAACUUCUAGAUCCUAGAAGGCGUGAACAGCAAGUUCUGCUCAUGACGAACCAUGUGUUAAGAGGCCUGUACGGCGAUGCCUGA